UCAGCGCGGGCGCGCGCGGCGGCUGAGAGCGCGCGGCCCUCGUGGGCUCCGAGUCACUUCCAGCGGCGGCCGCAGCCGAGCGCUCCCCCUCCCCCCUUCGGGCCUCGACCAGGCCCAGGUCCCGGCCCAACGAUGCCCAUCUUACUGUUCCUCAUAGAUACGUCCGCCUCUAUGAAUCAGCGAACCUACCUGGGCACCAGUUACCUGGACAUCGCCAAGGGUGCCGUGGAGAUCUUUAUGAAGCUCCGGGCCCGGGACCCCGCCAGCCGUGGAGACAGGUACAUGCUGGUGACGUUCGACGAGCCUCCCUACGGCAUUAAGAGGAUAACCAAAAAAGCAAUAAGGAUGGAGAAGAUGAAAAAUGAGCAUAAGUCAGCUAGUAAUAUAAAAGGAGAUUGCAAGAAUCUUUAA